GGGAUGAGUUGAACUGUAAAAAAAAAGAAGGUUACAACAUGCCAAAAUCUGGAUCUUGCGUGAGUCUCUGCUCACGUAUUCGCUAGCGUUUGAGUUUCCUGUUUCUUCCGACUGCAGAACUGGAAUAACUUAUCGAGAUAGAAUAUAUACGUAUAUGUAGAGAGAGAGAGAGAGAGAGAGAGAGAGAGAGAGAGAGAGAGAGUUCGCCAGGGUUGUCUUCUUCGUGGGAAACCUUAGUAUCUAGAUUCAACUCUACACACUUCUCCUUUUCUUGGAUUUGAAGGAUCAAAAGAACCCAUUAAAGGUUUAAUCUUUACCUGCUUUCAUCAGCUCUUCAUCAAGGGUUUGCUGUAAAGUCGUUUUAGUACCUGCUUCUGUAAUAUGGAUUACAUGGACAUUGAUCAGGUCCCUGAUGUUCCCGACACUCCUGAUAGAUUGGCUGCCCAGGAUGUUAAUGGAAGGCAAGUUAUUGAAAUAGGAAGUGAUUCAUCUGCAGGAAACACAGAUUUUUCUGGCGAAGCUGCUAAAAAUCAGCUAAGAGCCAGGAGUAAACUGGUCCUCGAUAAUGGGCAUUGUAAAAGUCUGUUUUUUCGCCCUGGAAAAAAUGUUAGCAUUUCCAACAAGUCGGAGGUUGAUGGUGACUUCAAAGGAAAAGCUCUAUCUAGUACUCAAUCACCUAACUGUGGAAGAAAUGAUGUUGUAGAUCUGAUGGAGUGGAGGGGGCCAGCCCAAGUGUUCCACAAUGAUGUCCCAAAUGCAGUAUUAGAAGAUUGUUUUCAAGCUAAAGAAUUUAGAAAAGGAUCAAUAACGACCAAUGGCUUUUCUUCUUUACGUGGCAUAUCAAAUUCUUCAGCGACAGCAGUUAAUACCUGUAGAGGAAAAGAAAAAGUAAAUGAUACAUGUAAAGGAGGUUCAGGUCUUGAUUGUGGAAAAGGAACCUUUGGUGAUUCACUACCUGAAGUUGGAAAUGGUGUUUCCUCGUCAUUUUAUGGUCUGUCGCCUAGAGUUGGUGGACGAAUUAGAUUUGUGAGAGAUGGCUGCAUCUCUCCACGGAAUAUAGCAAAGGCCAAACAGUUUGCUGAAAAUCACAGUAAUGGUUCCAUUGAUUUACAGAAUGAUAGGGGAACUUCAUCUAAUUCCUCGUUGAAUCUGGUAAGGGAUUUGAUUGCUGGAGGGAACAAUGUUGAUAGAAGAGAAGGGGUGAUAUUUCAGCCUUCUUCAUCAAAAGAGCCGGCUGCAAAAACCAUAGAUUUGGCUACCAGGAGCUCAAUAGCUCAAAAUGAACAGAUCUGUGGAACUAGUAAUGCCAGUGGAGAUGCAUUCAGAUGUUUUGAAGGAUUUGGCGGGUGGAGAAACACACGUAAUCGCACGAAGAAAUUUAAUCUCCCCUUCUUUGAUGAGGGUCAACAUCUUUCCAGAACAAAGGAUGACCCGUCCUAUGUCAACCAACAAAACGAAAGCAAGGUGGUGAGAAGAGAUAGUGGGAAGGGGAUUAGUAGCAGGAUUGACAACGAAGAUCGGGAAGAUCAGAAUGCAGUCUCUUUUCAGAAUGGAUGUGCUUUAACUGAAGCUCAAGCAGUCUCCCGCCCUAUGGCACACUCGGUCCAUGUUACCGGUCAUCGUGGUGCAGCAAGCACUCUUAUGAAAAGACAGAAGCAAGGCUCUACCUCAAGUAAUCAUGGUCAAAGCUCUACAUCAGCCGCUGUUGACUCUGAAUUUGUGAUUCUUGCCUCAUCGAAGGAGCCGUUAAAUUCAAGAUCAACUAGAAACCAUAGCGAUAGUGGUCCAAGCAUUUUGGAUUCAGACCAUCCGGUUAUUGAAGUUGAUGGAUUUUCCCCUGAAGUGAGACACUAUGGGUCCGACAAUAGAGAUGCUAGUAGUAAUGGUGACUCAGAUGAUAGGGCUAGACAAGUAGAAGCAGAUGAGAUGUUGGCUCGUGAACUCCAAGAACAACUGUAUCAUGAGUCACCAGGAGUUGAAGAUGAAGAAUUUGAUGCACUCAUCACAUCAGCGAGGCAGCGGGAGGAAUCAUCACAGCAUUCUUAUUCUGGUGGAAGUCAUCCUGUUUUCCAUCCUAGUGGCUCUCUAACUUCAAAUUCCUAUAGACAGUCCCGGUCACCGUUCUCUCAGAACCCUUCUAUGUAUGGAGGCACUAAUGCUCAAGGUCCUGCCUCUGCUAGAUUAACACGGUUGAGGAGUCGCGUACGGAGCCAAUUGCCUAGAAUAUCCUAUAGGGAAAGUGGUUCUCUCUUUCCUCCCAGCAUGGAUUUGGACAUGAGAAUGCAUAUAUUAGAAGCAUUAGAGGCCUUCAGUGAUAUGGAAAUGGCUGGUAACUUACUUCAAGUUGAUCGUGAAUUCAAUGAAAAUGAUUACGAAAUGUUGUUGGCGCUUGACGAGAACAAUCACCACCAUGUUGGUGCAUCUCUUGAUCAAAUUAAUAGCUUGCCACUGUCAACAGUUCAGGGCGAGAAUUUUGAAGAAGCUUGUGCAAUUUGCCUUGAAACCCCUACCUCCGGUGACUCUAUACGCCAUCUUCCUUGCUUGCACAAAUUUCACAAAGAUUGCAUUGACACAUGGCUCAGAAGGAAAACCUCAUGCCCAAUAUGCAAGUCAUCUAUCACUUGAUUAGCAACAGGGACUUGUACGGGAUCCAUGUCAUUUUGCAGCGAACGACAGCAAAUCUGUGAUGGCAAAUUCUUGCUUCGUGGGAGAUUACCCCUUGUUUUAGUUUUGCUUCUCUUGGUUGCUGUCAUGGGAAGCAGAUUGGCAUAAGCAAAAUUCCAUAUGCAUCAUUUUUGUUCAGUUCACAAUGGGUCCGUAUUUCGAGGCCUCCAUCUCACCUGAAUCCUAUCCUCAAGUUUGUCUUGAAUGUGGAGAGUUUAUGUGCUAAGAUAUUGUGUUGUGUUUGCUUUGCUGCUUAUCAGUGCGCCCAUAUGAAUACAUGCAUUGGGCUUUUGAGAUCCAGUACGAAGUAUUUUAUUAUCUAUUGGUCACCUUGGAAGGAUUAUUUUUUAAAAA